AUCUCAUUGAAUACUACUAUCGAUACUUCAAAUACUAAUUUAACCGAAAACUUAUUGGAAAAGUUUAUCUAUAUAUGCGGUGGCAGUGAUGGGUCGUCUAAACUACUGUCCAAAUGUUUUAAAUAUAAUAAACACACCGAUGUUUGGCAAUCCAUACAAUCCAUGUCCACCAGUCGGUCGUAUUUUAGUUUGAUUUCAUUGAAUUCAAAAUUGUAUGCAAUCGGCGGUCUAAAUAGUAAACCAGAUAAAAGGAUAAAUAGCGUUGAAUCAUACGAUACGCAAACAAAUACGUGGAAAUCGGUUUCACCAAUGAAUUAUAUACGCAGUUCAUUUGAUUCAGCAAUAAUUGAUAAUACAAUUUACGUAUGCGGUGGUGAUAAUAACGAACCACUAAAAUCAUGCGAAUAUUAUACGCCAAAUACGGAUGAGUGGUAUUUUACGGCAUCAAUGCGUACGGAAAGGGAUGGUUUGGCACUGGUAUUACACGAGGGAUGUCUUUAUGCUAUCGGUGGUAAAAAUCGUAAUGUUUUUAUUAAUUCAAUGGAAAAAUUUGAUACAAAAACAAAACAAUGGUCUACUAAUGCAAAUAUGAAUUCAUCAAGAUCAUUAUUUGGUUCGGCAUCAUUUAUGGGCAAAAUAUAUGUUUGCGGCGGUUUGGGUACUAGUGAUGGAAAAUCAUGCGAAACAUAUGAUCCGCAAACAAACCAAUGGACACCAAUUGGAUCAAUGAAAACUAGACGAAAUGAUUUUAAAUUAAUUGUUUUCAAUAACAAUUUGUAUGCAUUGGGUGGCAAUUCGGAUGAUAAUCGACUAACUGAUACAAUUGAAAUAUAUGAUUACUAUGAAGAUAAAUGGGGUUACACUACAUCAUUGCCGCAAAAUUUAGGAGCAUAUGGGGCGACUGUUGCAAAUUGAUUUCGAUAUUAUAAUUAAAUUUAUUAACAAUUAUUUAAAA